AUGACCACUCACGUCACGCUAGAGGAUGCCUUGUCCAACGUGGACUUACUGGAGGAGCUGCCUCUGCCAGACCAGCAGCCAUGCAUCGAACCGCCUCCAUCCUCCAUCAUGUACCAGGCCAACUUUGACACAAACUUUGAAGACAGAAAUGCCUUUGUGACUGGCAUUGCCAGGUACAUCGAGCAGGCGACGGUGCACUCCAGCAUGAAUGAAAUGCUGGAAGAAGGCCAUGAGUACGCCGUGAUGCUUUACACAUGGAGGAGCUGCUCACGAGCCAUCCCCCAGGUGAAGUGCAAUGAACAGCCAAACCGAGUGGAGAUCUAUGAGAAGACGGUGGAAGUCCUGGAGCCAGAAGUCACCAAGCUUAUGAAGUUCAUGUAUUUUCAGCGCAAGGCUAUCGAGCGGUUCUGCAGCGAGGUGAAGCGCCUGUGCCACGCUGAGCGGAGGAAGGACUUUGUCUCCGAGGCCUAUCUCCUCACGCUGGGCAAGUUCAUUAACAUGUUCGCUGUCCUGGAUGAGCUGAAGAACAUGAAGUGCAGCGUCAAAAAUGACCAUUCUGCCUACAAAAGAGCUGCCCAGUUCCUGCGGAAGAUGGCAGACCCCCAGUCCAUCCAGGAGUCCCAGAACCUCUCCAUGUUCCUGGCAAACCACAACCGCAUCACACAGUGUCUGCACCAGCAACUAGAGGUCAUCCCUGGCUAUGAGGAACUGCUGGCUGAUAUUGUCAACAUCUGUGUGGAUUACUAUGAAAAUAAGAUGUAUCUCACUCCCAGUGAGAAACACAUGCUCUUAAAGGUGAUGGGGUUUGGCCUGUAUCUCAUGGAUGGGAACGUCAGCAACAUUUACAAGUUGGAUGCCAAGAAGAGAAUCAACCUUAGCAAAAUAGACAAAUUCUUCAAGCAGCUGCAGGUGGUUCCUUUAUUCGGCGAUAUGCAGAUAGAACUGGCCAGAUACAUUAAGACCAGUGCUCACUAUGAGGAGAACAAAUCCAAGUGGACAUGCACUCAGAGCAGCAUCAGUCCCCAGUACAACAUCUGUGAGCAGAUGGUCCAGAUACGAGAUGACCACAUCCGCUUCAUCUCAGAGCUUGCUCGCUACAGCAACAGUGAGGUGGUCACUGGCUCAGGACUGGACAGCCAGAAAUCAGAUGAAGAGUACAGGGAGCUCUUUGAUCUCGCUUUACGGGGACUGCAGCUGCUGUCCAAGUGGAGUGCCCACGUCAUGGAAGUGUACUCUUGGAAGCUGGUUCAUCCCACAGAUAAAUUCUGUAACAAGGAUUGCCCAGGAACAGCAGAAGAAUAUGAGAGAGCCACACGGUAUAACUACACCAGUGAAGAGAAGUUUGCUUUUGUGGAGGUAAUUGCCAUGAUCAAAGGUCUGCAAGUGCUGAUGGGCCGGAUGGAGAGUGUCUUUAACCAAGCCAUCCGCAACACUAUCUAUGCAGCCCUGCAGGACUUUGCCCAGGUGACCCUGCGAGAGCCACUCAGGCAGGCGGUCAGGAAGAAGAAGAACGUGCUGAUCAGUGUCCUUCAGGCAAUUCGGAAGACGAUCUGUGACUGGGAGGGAGGUCGAGAGCCUCCAAAUGAUCCUUGCCUGAGAGGUGAAAAGGAUCCUAAAGGUGGAUUUGAUAUUAAAGUCCCACGACGAGCAGUAGGACCAUCAAGUACACAGGUAUGUAAACAUCCAUCUCCUAGCACUAUGGCUGUGUGUGGUGGUGUUUCACUGCAGGGGGUAACUGCGUGUCGACUCUUUCUUCCACAGCUUUACAUGGUGCGGACCAUGCUGGAGUCCCUCAUAGCAGACAAGAGUGGCUCAAAGAAAACACUGAGGAGCAGCUUGGAUGGGCCAAUAGUCUUGGCCAUUGAGGAGUUCCACAAGCAGUCCUUCUUCUUCACCCACCUUCUCAACAUCAGCGAAGCGCUGCAGCAGUGCUGUGACCUGUCCCAGCUCUGGUUCCGGGAAUUCUUCCUGGAGCUGACCAUGGGCCGCCGCAUCCAGUUCCCCAUUGAAAUGUCCAUGCCCUGGAUCCUCACGGACCAUAUUCUGGAAACCAAAGAACCCUCCAUGAUGGAGUAUGUACUGUACCCCUUGGAUCUCUAUAAUGACAGCGCAUACUAUGCCUUGACCAAGUUCAAAAAGCAGUUCCUAUACGAUGAAAUUGAAGCUGAAGUGAAUUUAUGCUUUGAUCAAUUUGUGUACAAGCUGGCAGAUCAGAUCUUUGCCUAUUAUAAAGCAAUGGCUGGCAGUGUUUUAUUGGACAAACGUUUCCGGGCUGAGUGUAAGAAUUAUGGGGUGAUUAUUCCAUACCCACCAUCCAACCGCUACGAAACGCUGCUCAAGCAGAGGCAUGUCCAGUUGCUAGGUAGAUCAAUUGACCUGAACAGGCUCAUUACCCAGCGUAUCUCAGCAGCGAUGUACAAAUCCUUAGACCAGGCCAUUAGCCGCUUUGAGAGUGAGGACCUGACAUCCAUAGUGGAGCUGGAGUGGCUCUUGGAAAUAAAUCGCCUGACUCACAGGCUGCUGUGCAAGCACAUGACUUUGGACAGCUUUGAUGCCAUGUUCCGGGAAGCCAACCACAACGUCUCUGCACCCUAUGGGCGCAUCACCCUCCACGUCUUCUGGGAGCUCAACUUUGACUUUCUACCCAACUACUGCUACAAUGGAUCCACCAACAGGUUUGUGAGGACAGCAAUCCCGUUCACACAGGAACCCCAGCGGGACAAGCCAGCCAAUGUUCAGCCAUAUUACCUCUAUGGAUCCAAGCCUCUCAACAUUGCCUACAGUCACAUCUACAGCUCCUACCGCAACUUCGUGGGGCCACCUCAUUUCAAGACCAUCUGCAGGCUUCUUGGCUAUCAAGGCAUUGCUGUGGUCAUGGAAGAGCUGUUGAAGAUUGUCAAGAGCCUGCUACAAGGCACCAUCCUGCAGUAUGUGAAGACACUGAUCGAAGUAAUGCCCAAGAUAUGCCGCUUGCCAAGACAUGAAUAUGGCUCUCCAGGAAUCCUGGAGUUUUUCCACCAUCAGCUGAAGGACAUCAUUGAGUACGCAGAGCUGAAGACUGAUGUGUUCCAGAGCCUCAGAGAAGUGGGCAAUGCCAUUCUCUUCUGCCUCCUUAUCGAGCAGGCUUUGUCCCAGGAAGAAGUUUGUGAUUUGCUGCAUGCUGCUCCCUUCCAAAAUAUUUUGCCCAGGGUCUACAUCAAAGAAGGAGAACGCUUGGAGGUGCGCAUGAAGCGUCUCGAAGCCAAGUAUGCCCCACUUCACCUGGUUCCCUUAAUAGAGAGGCUGGGCACUCCGCAGCAAAUAGCCAUUGCCCGGGAGGGUGACCUGCUGACCAAGGAGCGGUUAUGCUGCGGGCUGUCCAUGUUUGAGGUGAUCCUGACACGAAUUAGGAGCUACCUGCAGGACCCCAUCUGGCGCGGGCCACCCCCAACGAACGGGGUCAUGCACGUGGAUGAGUGCGUGGAGUUUCACCGGCUCUGGAGCGCCAUGCAGUUUGUGUACUGCAUCCCCGUGGGCACCAACGAGUUCACUGCAGAGCAGUGCUUUGGAGAUGGUCUGAACUGGGCAGGUUGCUCUAUCAUUGUUCUCCUUGGACAGCAACGGCGCUUUGACCUCUUUGACUUCUGCUACCACCUGCUGAAGGUGCAGAGGCAGGACGGGAAGGAUGAAAUCAUCAAAAAUGUGCCCUUGAAGAAGAUGGCCGACAGGAUCAGGAAGUAUCAGAUCCUGAACAACGAGAUUUUUGCCAUCCUGAACAAGUACAUGAAGUCUGUGGAAACAGACAGUUCCACGGUGGAGCACGUGCGCUGCUUCCAGCCCCCCAUCCACCAGUCGCUGGCCACUACCUGCUAG